CCUCCAUAUCCUCGACAACCUCCUGCCCUCCGCCUAUCCAUCAUGGAGCUCUACAUGUACACCCCUCCGGUCUAUAUGGCCCCAUUGAGGCCUUUAGUCAAGCCAGCACCAUCCGUCCCCAUCGUCAAGGAAGCCCCAAUACCAGAGCUCUUCCAAGCUCCCGAGGGCCAAUAUAGCCUUGCAGAACCGGGAUCCAUGUUUCCCCUUCUAGGGAACACCUCGCCUAACGUCGCGUCAGAAUUAAGGCUGGCAUGUCAGCCCGGACCGUUCCUUGGAGGUCCCGGUUUUGGUAUUCCUCCCACUCCGCAACAAACCAGCCCCAGUGCCGCCUCUGCUUCAUCUACAUGUUUCGGAGCCACCCAGAUCAAUGGAAAGUGGGAACCCAUUUAUCCUACAAGAAUGAGUUGGGUGACGGUCCAAUUCCCCUCAAAGACUGGAGAUAGGGGGUUUGGAGGUCUGCUGGGUAAAAGCGGGAAGGGUGAUACAGCUGCCUUUCUUCCGCCUGCUGCUGCGGAUGGACGAUACCCCACCAAGUCCAGCUACUCAUCUUCCUCUAGCUCAUCAUCCCCAAUCUCAUCAGAGCCACAAUCUGUCCCAUUCGCCAUGUCCCCUCCAACCAUUCAGUCCAAAUGGCCAUUUACCAAAACUAUCAAUGCCAUCCCCAGACCUAAGACGAACAUGCGUAAUUCGACCUCCGACUUUGUCCAAAGGGUAAUCGGGCUGGACUCUGCCUCUAAGUAUCUGGCUGAGAAAGGCAAAACCGUUUCUGAAGUGGUCAAAUGGGGCUGCUGGCAUAUGGGACGACAGUGGGCUUGGGGUGAUUUUGGUAAGCAGGCGAACGAGGCUGAGAAAAAGAAGGAAGCACUUGUCAAAGUGCUGUUCUCGACACCUUUGACCUGCACCGCUAUCAUCAAUCAGACAGCAAGUGCCGAUAGGCUCGACGUCAUCAUUGGUUUUGAGACCGGGGACCUGCUUUGGCUUGAUCCUAUCCUUGGAAAGUACACUCGACUCAAUAAAAAUGGCGUAUUGAACUCCUCCCGGGUGGUCGGCAUCUAUCCCGAUCCCCGACAGCCUACCCAUUUUUUAGUACUUUUCGCAGAUAACACCAUUUUGAGGUUCAACAUCUCUCUAGAGGACCCAAUAAAUGCUGCAAACAUUACUUCCCAUCCUUGGGAUGUCUUUUUUGAUCGCGUUCUCCUAGCCACCACGAACGGGCAUGAUCCCAGCUUGAGCAGUGAUAGUGGUACCGGUCUUUCUCUCGAUAGAGAGCAAGAUGUUGAACUUCUGAAGUGGAAAAACGAGGAUUGGGUUGCAGGGGUGGAGUCUGAAAAGCCGAAGGAUAAGAACGCGAUUGUAUUUACGGGGCGAAACCCCGUAGCAGCCCUUAAAAUUGGAGAUGCACGAAUCAAUGCUUUAGCGUACUCUCCUGAUGGUGGAAAAUUGGCCUCGGUGUCAUCUGACGGUCUGUUGAGAGUAAUCGAUACGAGUGAAGAGCGUAUUACCGACACGUUCUCCAGUUAUUAUGGAGGCUUGAAAUGCGUCGUUUGGUCUCCCGAUUCUCGCCUGAUAGCAGCAGGAGGCGAAGAUGACUUCGUCACUUUGUUUUCUAUAGGGCGAGACGCCCGCAUUAUCGCGAGAUGCCAAGGCCACAGCUCCUACAUUACAAGUAUCGCGUUUGAUCCACAAAGCAAUAAUCCUUCGUCAAGGGCUUAUCGAUUCGUCAGUACGGGAGAGGAUGGGAAGUUGUUAUUUUGGGACUAUUCUCCUGCUACUGUGCACAAACCACGACAACAUCACGUAAACGGCUCUGUGCAGCGCGAUGCGGCUGCUAGCUCCAUGACUGUUAACAUCUUGGAUCAUUCACGCUCCCAUACUCCGGCUGAGCGUACUUCUGGCAGAUUUCACUCGGCUCCGUCGCGUAAAUCAAUCCCCACCCUUCAGCCUGUUAUGUCUAAAACGGUAGACGUCACCAUCCUGACCAACGUAUAUUGUCUUCCAGAUGCCAUUGCCACGGUCUCUCGCCAAGGUGUAGCCCGAUUUUGGAUGCGGCCCUCCUCAAGGCCACCACCUGCUUGAGCAUGAAGCAGAGUACAUAAAACGAGCCCGUAAAAGACGUCUGGUCUAUCUGCGAAAAAGAAUGAGAUUGAAAGGGCCAGCCAAUGAUGACGUUAAUGGUCAUAUUGUGGUUUAUUAAGUUGUACCAGAAAUACAAACUUUUAGGUUAUGUAGUCAAUAAUAGCCAUGUAAAUGUGAAUCUGC